AUGGGCCGCACGGUCCCCGAGAGCUGCAACCCUGCGGUCUUCGCGGGCGGGCUCAGGUCGCCAUCUCCUACGCCCGCCAGGAGUUUGAAGCCGCCCUGCGAGAGGUCUCGAGGGGAGUGGGCGAUUUUUGGUGCGGCUUGCCGCGAAAGCAGCCAGCCUCGCUUCUUGCUCGCUCGUCUUCUAGCGUCCGCUUUCUCUAUGUCUCCGUGCGUCCCAAGCUUCCCUCCUCUGGCUUCCGCUGCCCAGCACGGCGCCCGACGUCCCGUCGGUGCCGGGGCGCGUGGCGGCACCAUGGUGCCACCGUGCCCCCGCCGAAGCGGCGCUGCGCUCCCUGCUCGACCAGCCUCGCCCGCCGCCUCCCGAGGCUCUGCCCCGCCCCCGCUCGCGGGCACGGGGCAGGUCCGUAUCCACGGCGGCGUGGAUGAGGGUAUGGAUGCGUUCGCCGCUCGCGAUCUCGUCCCUGCCGCUGUCACCACGAAGACCAUGGGCAGCGGCAGCUAA